UGCUGUAUCUGUGCUCAAAGAAGAUGGUAUCUUCAUCAAAUGUAGAUGGUAUCGGUGCUCAUUGAAAGGCAGAUUGGGCCCGAUUGAAAAAGGAGGUGUGACCGAACCCCUUUCAAAACCAAAAAAAAAAAAAAAACUGCCGGGGGGCUCCACCUGGCCCCUUGUCCAUAAAUACGCCUCCCUCGCCGGAAUAGGAGUUCAGUCGAGUCGGGAACGCGUCGACGGUGGUUGUUUUUGUUUUGGGCGGAUUAUGAACGCGUUCGGAGCGCAGCAAACCUCCAGCCAGCAGAGUAACAGCAGCGCUAACCCCGCGCACGAUCUCCUGGACAUGGCCGUGUAUUGUGACAACUACGGCGUUUACCAGCACCAGAACCUCCACCACCACCUCCACCACCCCCAAAGAGCUGCCAACCACCCCUCCGGCUACGGCUUGAGCGACUACGCCGCCCCGCCCACCAAUCCUUACCUGUGGCUCAACAACUCCCCCGCUUCGCCCUACCUGGGCGGCGGUGGCGGAGGCGCUGCUGCAGCUUCCACUUACUUGCAAUCCCCCGGUUACGGUUCUGGGAGCCAGCGGCAGCUUUUGGGGGCGCCCGGCGGACUUGGAGGCCCCGACAUGAGCUGGUUAUCCAUCUCCAGCCAGCAGGAGCUCUUUAAAAUGGUCCGGCCUCCGUACUCGUACUCUGCGUUGAUCGCCAUGGCCAUCCAGAACGCGCAAGACAAGAAACUGACCCUGAGUCAGAUUUACCAAUACGUCGCCGAAAACUUUCCGUUUUACAAGAAGAGCAAAGCCGGCUGGCAGAACUCGAUCCGGCACAAUUUGUCUCUUAACGACUGUUUCAAGAAGGUGGCUCGGGAUGACGACGACCCCGGCAAGGGCAACUACUGGACGCUGGACCCCAAUUGCGAAAAAAUGUUCGACAACGGCAACUUUCGACGCAAGCGCAAAAGGCGAACCGACAUCAGCACCACUGCUGAAAAGCCCGAUUUAGACGCGCAGCACAAGCUGUCGGACACGGCCAGCCUGCGGAGCUCGUCCCCGCCCAGUCUGCGCGCUUCGCCGGCCUCCACGGAGCCGCGCUCGUCGCCGUCCAACUCGACCGAUCACAGUCCGUGCUUCGCCGGAUUCAUGUCCAGCGUCAACGCGAUGUUAACUACCGGAGCCGAGGCCUCCACGAGGAUACCGGAUCGGGACUUGGGCACGGAGCUGUCCCAAGGCCGCGAGGGCGUGUCCGGACUUGGCUCCUACUCGCCCUCCUUGCUGUCUGACAGCAGAAUGAACUACUACAACCUCAGCAAUCACUUCACAGUCAACAACCUCAUAUACGGCCGGGAAGGAACCGAAGUUUAAUGUGGAUUCACCUAAAAAGAUGACUAAUUUAUCUCAUUUAAAGUAGCCACUUGUAUUUUUGUGUUUUGCUUGUAUCAAAAAAAAAAUCCACAAUGGUGUUGCAAUAUCACACCUUCGGAUUUAAACACUUGUACACAUUCUUUUUGUAAGUAUCAUGUAUUUUGUUUUAUUUAAACUCAUUGCCUUUUGAAUAAAAGCCUUUUUUUAUAUGUGCUUCCCAUUUGUAAUUAUUCUCAUGUUCCCAUUUUAUGACCACCCCCAGAUAAAGCCAGCCCCCCUGCAAAAACCCGAAAAAUUCUGUCAGGCUGUCUACAGUCAAGUGGCUGUAAGGCAUCAAAGUGUGUAAACCACAGACAUUUUCCGCCUGUCACCCCCAAUCGGGGCCUACGAGCCCCCCUCCAACCUCGCCCCGGUUCACAAGUUCAGCUUUUUGUCUCUGUCCAGUUUCACGUGGACAUGAGGGGAAUAUUUGCACCUGUCCCCCGCACGGCUGUUCCUGAACAUCACGCACGCAUGCAGCCUUUGCUCGCUCCCUUACGGAAGAGCGUCCGACAAUGUGCAAGUAAAAUCCCGUAAAGCGGAGGAAGCGCCGCUUGUCGGCGGGAUAAUUGAGUUCACCGAAGCUCUGCGUGAAAAGGAGAGCACAAUGGCCACUUGGCAUCAGGGGCGCUCCCCUCCUGCGUUCCGAUGAAAAUAUUGAAGUUGUGGGAACAAAGCAUCCAAGCCCGGGGACACCUUUUGUGCCAUUAUCUGGGAACAAAGCGCAAUGACAGACAACAUUCCAAAGUUUGUGGCUAGAAAAUAUCAGUUGGCAAAAGUGACUCUUCUAGCUUUGAUUUAGAUGAUGACAAGAAUCCGUCGGAUUCUUGCUUGUGUCUGUCAAUAUUCCCUGAUGCUUUGAAGACCCAAGUGUCCAAAGUUGUGAUCUACUGUUGUUGAGCUUUCUGGCUUGUGAAGACAGCACAUGUGACGACAGCUCCGGGAGCAGGGAAGAUCCGUAAUAUAUGUCCGCCUGCAGGGGGGUGGGCGCACGAGGGGCGGCUGAGUGACAAGUGAGGAGAAUGUCCAUCAAUGUGCGUGACCUGAUUGGGUUUCAUCCAAGACUCAUGAAACGGAUGCAUCAUCAGGACAUGCACAUUUGGAUGUGUUUCCAUACACUGGGGGUGAAGGUGCACCAUAUAGAAAAUACGAUGGAAAAAGUUCUCACAGGCUCCCAGAAAGACAACUUGUGUAGUCUUCUUUUAUGUCACAGAAUAGAAGUCAAAGGACUGUGGUUUUUUUUUUGUGGUCUGUCCGUGGUGACAGCACACAGCUUGAAGCACCUGCACGCUGUCAUUGCCUGCUUGCCACAGACAGGAAGUGGUGACAGAUGACACAGGAAGUAGCUGUAAGGACAGGGGGGGGGGGGCUCCAUGUGCGUCCCUAGCCGGAAAUCUCAGUGGAGGUUUGCACACGUCUGAGUUUCACCUGCUCCCAUGAUGUGUGUGCGUGUGGAUGUGUGUUAGUGCCCCCCAGGAUACCCCCCCCCCUUCGCCCUCAAAACAAAACUUCCCCCAGGCCCUAAUGAGACCCCCUACUACCUCUUCUAUUAUGAGGGAUGCAUACCAAUAGAGAGACAGCAGAGGGGAGACACUCACAGACCUGGCCAGACUGACCCCCCCUUCUACAACCCCCCCAUGUAAACUAAGGGCCAUAAAGACACAAGUUGUAUGUUUAAAACAAGCACAAAGUUUUGUCCACUUAGCCUAACGUUAACACGUAAUGCAAAAUCCCAAAGACGGGCUAACAAAACUAGCAUUGCUGUCAUGUGGACAUGGGUGACGAUUGCCCACUAGAGUUGUUUAGAGUCCCGUAAAGUGUGUGUGUGGGGGGGUCCCCAUCAACAUUUGACCUUGGGUUCUUGUGAUGAUCUGGGGGCUCAAGGCCCUAAAUGAUAGCCUUUUAACUGCCCCCCCCCCUCCCCAACCUCAGCCCAGCUUCUUUCAAAUGCUCCUUUUGUGUCGGCCACCUAAUCCUUCAGUCCACUUCAAGGCCCCGAUUCGCUUCCAAGACACCUGGAGGAGAUAGAUGUGUGUGUGUGUGUGUGUGUGUCAGACUCCGCUGGCUCCUUCUCAGCCACCGCUUCGAGCUCAUAAAGCAACAGCAUGAUGAGAUUUUUUUUUUUGUUUAAUAAAGUUGACAGCAUAAUCGCAGCAAUGUCGCCCAGCCCCUAUAUUUAAGUGCCCGCUCCGGCGCAGCUUUAAUGAAGAGCGCAAUCGACAGUAAUGACAAGGCGGCACCACAUAAUGACAAAAUCACAAUGCUGCCAAAUUAUAGCGAAGCCAGAGCGGAUCCGUCUAUUACCUGGAAUGGAACAUGACCCAAACAGAGUUGGCACAUCUUCUUUUCCACUGCAUCCCA